GGUUGUGGUGGCCCGCGGCGCGCGCACAGCUCCGGGUGCAGCCGCCGCCGCCGCCGCCGUCACCGCCGCAGCAGCGCCAGGAGCCGCCGCCUCCUCCUCCUCCUCCUUCCUCCUCCUCCUCUUUCCUCCUCCUCCCGCAGCCCGCAGUCUCCGCGCCCUUUCCCCUCCCGGCCCCGCGAAGAUGGUGGACCGCGAGCAGCUGGUGCAGAAGGCCCGGCUGGCCGAGCAAGCCGAGCGCUACGACGACAUGGCGGCCGCCAUGAAGAACGUGACAGAACUGAACGAGCCUCUGUCCAACGAAGAGAGGAACCUCCUGUCCGUCGCCUACAAGAACGUCGUGGGGGCACGGCGCUCGUCCUGGCGAGUCAUCAGCAGCAUCGAGCAGAAGACCUCCGCUGAUGGCAAUGAGAAGAAGAUCGAAAUGGUCCGGGCCUACCGCGAGAAAAUCGAGAAGGAGUUGGAAGCCGUGUGCCAGGACGUGCUGAGCCUGCUGGACAACUACCUGAUCAAGAACUGCAGCGAGACGCAGUACGAGAGCAAAGUCUUCUACCUGAAGAUGAAAGGGGACUAUUACCGCUACCUGGCCGAGGUGGCCACGGGCGAGAAGAGGGCGACCGUGGUGGAGUCUUCAGAGAAGGCCUACAGCGAGGCUCACGAGAUCAGCAAGGAGCACAUGCAGCCCACCCACCCCAUCCGGCUCGGCCUGGCGCUCAACUACUCCGUUUUCUACUACGAGAUCCAGAACGCCCCGGAGCAGGCCUGCCACCUGGCCAAGACGGCGUUCGACGACGCCAUCGCCGAGCUGGACACCCUCAACGAGGACUCCUACAAGGACUCAACGCUCAUCAUGCAGCUCCUCCGCGACAACCUAACGCUCUGGACAAGCGAUCAGCAAGAUGACGACGGUGGAGAAGGCAACAAUUAGACCCCCAGAUGGACUGGCAGCCGCACGCUGAUGCUAACUACUGCAGUCUUUAUUUUUUUCCCACGAGUGGGGGGGUCAGGGGUGGGGGAGGGAUCGGGAGGGGACACCUUCCCAGGGAGGCCCCCACAACCUGUCUUUGAUUGCCUCUUUGACAUUUUUGCCAAAACACCACUAGUGGAAGUCAGGCUGGCUGUGCUGGUAUGGAAUAGCAGCCUCACUGGCAUAUGGACUGUUCUGUAGAUUAUUAAUACAAGUGGAGCUGUCUUUAAUUUAACUUUAUUGCUAGAAAUAAAAGGGUUUUAAGAUGAAUUAACUUGAAAUGGAAUGGCCCUCGUUUUUGAGAAAAGCUACACAAAAGGAAGUUCUGUGGUUCCAGUAAGGCUUUGUGCGUUUGUUUCCUCAGCUCAAGUGCCGCGUCCGUACCGGAGCGCUCUGCCUGUCAGGGCCCAGCUUCAAAUCCCCACGUUGAAAAGGAAUAAUAAUAAUAAUUUAAAAAAGUCUAAAGAGUUUGGGGCUUGUAAAGCUCCAGGAUUUAGGCCAUUUAAUCUUUGUUUGUGACAGAUAUUAGGGUAGCUUACAGUAUUAACACUAAAUUGCAGUUUACAGUAUUUCUACAUUACAGCCAUAUGACAUCAAGCCUUUGAUUGUCUGUUUUCUUUUGCUAGUUCUUUUGGCUUGCCUUCCUUAUCAGUCCUCGCCUGUGGACUGGCUUUAGCUAUUCUGUGUCGCCCAAGGCAAGAAGACUGCCUGCCCCACGAACAUCAAAAGCUGCUCUAGUUUUCAGUCAACAGCUUAACAGGUGCUUGGCUAGCGGCUGUUUAAACUAUUUUAGUCCACAGCAAAAGGUUUAAGAACUUAAUUAGGAAAAGGGGGAAGUGUUUAAACUUAAAAUGCCACUGAAAAAAAAAAAAUAAUAAAAAACAAUAAUAAUAAUAAUAAAAAAAAAAAGAGAAUUCAGGUCUGUAUGUCAUGUACUGUGUUUGGUAUUUCAAAGACCAUCCUGAUUUAAGGUGCCACAGCUGCUUCCUCAGGGAUUGCACUGCCAUUUCACUCUGCCUGACUUUCUCCCACUGUACCAUGAGGUUUGUCAGCAGAUCUCAGGCACCCGGGCUCCCUUGUUUGUCACCAGGGAAGCCAGGUGCGAUUUCUUUCUCCUGGGGAAGCUUGUGGUGUAAUGAGUGAACUUCAGGAGCUUAGAAACUAAUUUGGUAGAGAAAUCCUCAAGGGAAGAGCUACAAUCAUAGACAUUUCUAUCAAGCAUCAGGAGCCCAGGAACUUAGUUCUCUUCUUAACAAAACCUUUUCCAAUUCUCUUAUCCGCCAGGGGGUGGGAGAGGGCCGUCCGAGUUGCUUAGCAGGUGAGGUUUACCCCAUUUGGAGUCAAUUUUGUUACCUAACUGUUGGAAGUUCCCUGCUGCCCCGCGUUGCUCCGGCCCACAGCUGUGUGCUUUCCCCAUCCUGCAGGGGGUGCAGCGAUGCUGCGGCCCCACAGCUGCUCUUUGGGCUCUUUGGGGUGCCUUGGUAGAGCCGUGCCCGGGCUAACGGCCUGCAAUGGAGGAUCUGUGUAGCCGCCUUCCCUGCCCUCGGUUUUCCCCUCGCUGCCCGGUGAGCAGUGUUGUCCCGGCUGUAUAAUUUGGAAGUGAUUUACUGGAAUUACAAAACCUGUUGGGUUUUUUUUUCUGUUGUUGUUGUUGGUUUGUUUUCCUUUCUGGCUUUGGCUCUGGCUGCUUUAGGAAACCUGCGCAGGAGAGAUGGCACGAGAGGGCUCCAAGGGGAGUGGGGUCAGGGGUUGAUUUUUAAGCAGCUUGAAUGGUUUCUUUCAUUUUCUAAGAAAUGCACUUGCCUAUGAUACUGUCUCUCCAGUGAAAUGAUUACUGCUCCAUUACUCUAUUGAUACAAUAUUGUGCAUGCUAGUGUCGUAUUUCUAUACAGUAGCUUGAAAUUUAUUAACUUAUACUGUAGAUGUUAUGUAUUCCUAUGACAAAAUAGUCUUCAAAAAUUUUUUAAAGUUUUUUAAUUUAUUUUUCUUUUGGGGGUAAAGUUUGCUCUACCAAAUAGUGAUCGUAACAAACUGAUCUGUUAUGGAUGUUGCUAUAGUGACAUGCAAUUAUAUAUGAUUUUGUUUUUAAAAAGGAAAAAAAAGCAAAAGAAAAACACCAGUGUUAGCUUAAUCUUAAUGUCUGGUGUUCGUCAUGGUGAAAUUAUAACUAUUACAGUGUAGGAGAACAAUGACUGUGUUCUUUGAAUGAGCCUUUGUUUGUGCUUUUUGUCAUGUUAUGCAGUGAACUAUUUUUAAGGUCUAAUCAGUGAUUAUUUUUCCAACUCCGUGUUUCUGUAAGGAAUUAUUUCACACACGGACCAUUCUUAGCAGUUUUCCUCAGUGAUGGAAUAUCAUGAAUGUGAGUCAUUAUGUAGCCGUCGUACAUUGAGCAAAAUAAACUUACAGAUCUGACGUCA